AUGGAGUUGCUGGACCUUCCAGCCGAACUGAUCCUCGUGAUCGAGGAACACCUCCCCACACAAGCUGAUGUUCUUGCCUUGAUGAGAUGCCACCCCUGCAUGCUUGCUAUUCUCCAACAGAGGCUCUACGCCCGACCAAAAGGGGAGAAGAUUACUGAAAUCUUUGAUUGGGCCAUUGAAAGGGGAAAUGAACGCUUGGUGUCUGCAAUGCUUGACCAAGGAGCCGAUAAAAUAUUCACCGAGCUUGGAGCAGGGGCAUUGAGCAACGCUACGAUGCGCGGCCAACUCAACAUGGUGAAGUUAGUCCUCGAGCACCCACAAACCAUCAACAAACCAACGCCAACAGACGACGAGAGCCAUACCGCGAUCAUGAUCGCCACGCUCCAUGAAUAUACAGAGAUUGUCAAGUUGCUUCUCGCCCAACCGCACCUUCACCCACAAAAGCCAAGCUCAUUAUUUUUCGAGAAAACGCUAAAAAAGAUAGUCAUUGGCGAGGAAUUGGAUGAUGAUGACUCCUGGGACAUUCCCAUCAACCAAGCUCUCUACAGUGGAAGCCGGAAGCUAGUUCGGAUUUUACUUGCAGACCCUCGCGUGGAACUGACUUCUUUGAGUUUGAUUGCGGCUGCCCGUGGGGGUUAUGAAGAUAUGGUCAUGCUGUGUUUACUGCAAUAUCCGCAACAGUUUGACCCGGACCAUGAAUCGCUACUAGUCAUCGCUACUCGGGACAAUAACAUGAGGCUGGUUCAAUUCUUACUGAAAGUGGCAGGCCUUAUUCCUCAUAUGAAGUGGGAAAUAGAUGGUAAAACAUCUUUCGUUAGUGCAGCGAAUCAAGAAAUCCUAGCCCCUGACCACCCGCUUCUUGCGAGAAAUAACAUCAGCGUCAAAGCUACCGAUUAUGAUGGCAAAAGCCCAUUCAUUUAUUCCGCAAGCCAUGGAAAUGUGGAGAUGAUGAAACUGCUUUUUAGUACAGGGGAAGUCAAUGUUGAUUCCCCAGACAGACUUGGUCGAACGCCAUUGUCCUAUGCUGCUGAACAAGCAGGAGGGCAGGCAGUGAAAUUCUUACUAUCACUCGAUGCAGUAAAUCCUAGAUUAAAGGAUUAUUACGGCAUGACCCCCCUUCAUUAUGCUGCAGAAUUUGGUGAUGAUGUGGCGGUGAUGAAAGUGCUUCUGAUACUGGGAAUGUUGAUGUUAAUUCCCUGGACAAAGAGGGUCAAGCGCCAUUUUCACUUGCCACUGAGAUGGAAAAGAGGCAGCAGUGCAGUUCUUAAUCCGAAAUCAAGAAUUACGGUGGCCGAAGGCAGUUAG